UUCAUACCAUGACAACCUCAAGAGUAGAUGAAAAAGUUGUUCAAGCCGCUUUAAAUGAAACAGGUUUCGGCAAAUUUAACUACAAAGUAUUAAUUAUUGUUACUUUAAUAGCAAUAAAUACUGGUAUCAGUUUUGAGAAUGUCAGUUUUGUUAUCCCCGCAGCUACAUGUGAUUAUAAAAUGUCAACAAUUGCGCAGAAUGGCAUUGCAAUUAGUUUACUGAUAGGAAUGGCACUGGGUUCAUAUUUUUGGGCAUGUAUGGCCGAAACUAGCGGUCGGAAAAUAAGUUUAAUUUAUGGUUUGCUUUUGGAUGGCUGCUCAAAUGCUCUAGCUUCUGUUAUAUCAAAUUACUAUAGAUUCGUAAUUUGUAAAUUUUUCAAUGGAGUCGGUCAAAGUGCACAAUUUACAGUAAUCUUUGCUCAUCUUGGAGAAUUUCAACCUGAUGACUAUAGAGACAGGAUGCUUAGUUGGAUAGAAUUUCCUUAUAUUUUUAGGACUAUUUUGAAUACAGGGAUCAGCUGGAUUAUUAUUCCAUUGAAAUUCAGUUUCAUAAGUGAAGCUACUUAUUUUUUUUUUAACCCCUGGAACUUGUAUAUUUUAAUAUGUGCGCUAGUAGCAUUUUUUACCGCAUUUUGUUUGACUUUUCUACCAGAAACUCCUAAAUAUCUUGAUGAAACUGGACAAUAUACUCAGUUAAUGCAUGUCUUUUGUCAAAUGUAUCGUCAAAAUACCGGAAAAUCAGAUAAAAAAUAUAGAGUAAAAAAAAUAUACUUUCUGAUGAAUACACGCUAUUGGAAAUCUAAAAGAAAAUGAUUUGAGCUGAGUGAAUAGCAACUUUUGUUCUGGAGAUAAUAGAGCAUUUUUAUCGCUUCGCAUUCGAGGUAUGCAAAAAUUAAAAUACGUUGAAAAAACCCAAGAUAAAUGACGAUUAUUCAAAGUGACUAUAACAAUUAUCAUUAUCCUUAAUAGUAAACUUUACCUUGCUGAUUAUACUAUCAUCGUAUACCCAUGUAAAAGAAAAAAAUUCCGAAAAGGUUCAUAACAGUGUUCUUGUAAAUAAUGAAUGUAUAUCUAGUAUAUGAAUUUAUAUCUAUAUAGUAUUAAAAUCGAAUCCGAUUCUUGCAUUACUUCAGUCUGGCCCUAGUUGUGUUCAUGGCACUCUCCAUUUUCGCUAGUUGCUAUAUAGUUUUUUUUCGUCUUUUUUCUUCCGGAUGACUGCCUCUGAAAACGUGGACAUUGCGUUCCAUGUCUUCGUGGACUUCAACAUUGGCGUGAAUCGGAAUAAAGACAUACAAAAAUUACCAAUAUGGUCCAGCUUUACUAUGACACCACAGCAUACACAAAAAUGUAUA